GGGAUCUGUAAAAACAGGAUCCACUGGGAAUUUUUACCACUUUAAGGUACAACAAUGAGGGCACAUGUGCUGUUCCAGUGGAUUCUGAGAGGGCUUAUUUUGACUUUUCUGCUCAAAACUACUCUGUCCCUAAAUCCAGAUGAUCCAAAUGUUUGUAGCCACUGGGAAAGCUACGCCGUGACCGUGCAGGAAUCUUAUGCUCAUCCCUUUGACCAGAUCUAUUACACACGAUGCACAGACAUCCUCAACUGGUUCAAGUGCACCAGGCACAGGAUCAGCUACAAGACCGCGUACCGCAGGGGGCUGCGCACGAUGUACCGGCGGCGCUCCCAGUGCUGCCCCGGCUACUACGAGAGUGGCGACUACUGCAUACCACUGUGCACAGAGGAGUGUGUGCAUGGAAGAUGUGUCUCUCCUGACACGUGUCACUGUGAACCAGGCUGGGGAGGGACUGAUUGCUCAAGUGGCUGUGACAGCGAGCACUGGGGUCCCCACUGCAGCAACCGCUGCCAGUGCCAGAACGAAGCGCUCUGCAACCCCAUCACGGGCGCCUGCGUGUGCGCCGACGGCUUCCGCGGCUGGCGCUGCGAGGAGCUCUGCGAGCCGGGCACCUACGGCAAGGGCUGCCACUUCCAGUGCCAGUGCCACCACGGAGCCACCUGCGACCACCAGACCGGCGAGUGCCACUGCGCGCCCGGCUACACCGGCGUGUUCUGUGAGGAGCUGUGUCCCCCCGGCAGCCACGGAGCCCAGUGCGAGCUGCGCUGCCCCUGCCAGAACGGGGGAGUUUGUCACCACAUCACUGGGGAGUGCUCCUGUCCUGCUGGAUGGAUGGGGCUGGUGUGUGCACAGCCAUGUCCUGCUGGAACCUUUGGAAUUAACUGCAGCCAGGACUGUCCAUGCCACAACGGAGGACACUGUGACCCUGUGACAGGAAAAUGCCUGUGUACAGCUGGCUAUAUAGGAGACAGGUGUCAGGAGGAGUGUCCCAUCGGCACCUACGGCUUCCAGUGCACGCAGAGCUGUGACUGCCAGAACGGCGCCAAGUGCUACCACGUCACCGGAGCCUGCAUCUGUGAGCCCGGCUUCAAAGGCAUCCAGUGCCAGGAAAGGAUGUGCCCUGAAGGCUUUUAUGGCCUCAAAUGCAACAAGAGAUGCCCUUGCAAUAUUACCAACACCCUCAGUUGCCAUCCUCUGUCGGGGGAGUGCAGCUGCAAGGCUGGCUGGGCUGGGCUCUACUGCAACGAGACGUGUCCCGUGGGCUACUACGGCGAGGGCUGCCGGGUGCCCUGUCCCUGCCACAACGGGGCCGACUGUGACAGCAUCACUGGCAGCUGCAUCUGCGCCCCGGGCUUCAUGGGAGAUGACUGCACCAUUCCCUGCAUGGCAGGAACCUACGGAACCAAUUGCUCCUUGGUUUGUAACUGCAAGAACGACGGCACUUGUUCCCCUGUGGAUGGGCUGUGCUACUGCAAAGAAGGGUGGCAAGGAGUGGAUUGCUCUAUUCCAUGUUCAAGUGGAAGUUGGGGUCUGAACUGUAACCAGACGUGUUCCUGCAGCAAUGGGGCGUCCUGCAGGCCAGCUGAUGGCUUCUGCCUCUGCUCCCCAGGAUGGCAGGGGGAGUUCUGUGACCAGCCUUGUCCUGAUGGAACAUAUGGCCUUAAUUGCAGCGAGCGUUGUGACUGCAACCACGCGGAUGGGUGUGAUCCUGUCACUGGGUACUGCUGCUGCCUUGCAGGCUGGACAGGCAUCCACUGUGACAACAUCUGCACCCAGGGCCGCUGGGGACCCAACUGCUCCAUCUCCUGCAGCUGUGAGAAUGGGGGAUCCUGCUCCCCUGAGGAUGGAACCUGUGACUGUGCACCAGGAUACAGGGGACCCCUGUGCCAGAGAAUUUGCCCCCCAGGGUUUUACGGCCACCACUGCAGCCAGCCGUGUCCCCAGUGCGUGCACAGCAAUGGUCCCUGUCACCACGUGUCCGGACACUGCGACUGCCUGCCGGGCUUCUCCGGCCCCCUCUGCAACCAAGUGUGUCCCAGUGGGAAAUUUGGGAAGGACUGUGCUGAGGUGUGCCAGUGCACCGAGAACGGGACCUGCAAUCCCAUCGAUGGAUCGUGCCAGUGCUUCCCGGGCUGGAUAGGGAUGGACUGCUCCCAGACUUGUCCCACUGGGUUUUGGGGCCCUGAUUGCUUUCAUUCAUGCAACUGCCACAACGGAGCACUGUGCAGCCCCUACGAUGGAGAAUGUAGAUGUACCCAUGGUUGGACGGGGCUCUACUGCACUCAGCGUUGCCCAGCUGCUUUUUAUGGAAAGAACUGUGCCAAUGUGUGCCAGUGCCAGAACGGAGCCGACUGUGACCACAUCACUGGGCAGUGCACGUGCAGGACGGGAUUCACAGGCAAACAGUGUGAGCAGAAGUGCUCUCCAGGAACAUUUGGUUAUGGUUGCAAACAAUUGUGUGAGUGCAUGAACAAUGCAACGUGUGACCACGUCACAGGCACUUGCUACUGCAGUCCAGGCUUCAAAGGAAUUCGAUGUGAUCAAGCGGCUCUUAUGAUGGAAGAAUUAAACCCCUAUACUAAAAUUAGCCCUGCUCUUGGAUCAGAGAGGCACUCAGUGGGAGCAAUCAUUGGAAUUAUUAUUCUCCUUCUAAUUAUUAUGGUCUUGCUGGCACUCUUUGUGUGGUAUCGACGGAAACAGAAGGAGAAGGGCCAUGACAUGCCAAGUGUAUCUUACACUCCAGCCAUGAGGAUGACUAAUACAGAUUACUCACUUUCUGGUGCUUGUGGGAUGGAUAGACGUCAGAACACAUACAUAAUGGAAAAAAGCUUCAAAGAUUAUAUGAAAGAAUCUGUGUGCAGCUCCAGCACUUGUUCCCUGAACAGCAGUGAAAACCCAUACGCCACCAUUAAAGACCCCCCCAUUUUAACCUGCAAACACUCCGAGAGCAGCUACGUGGAAAUGAAAUCACCUGGUCACAGGGAGUCCCCGUAUUCCGAAAUGCCAACUUCAUCAACAGCCAAUAAAAACAUCUACGAAGUUGAGCCCACUGUCAGCAUAGUCCAAGACGGCCGCAGUCGGAGUGCCAGCUACCUUCAGAACCCCUAUGACCUGCCCAGGAACAGUCACAUUCCUGGCCACUAUGACCUGCUCCCCGUCCGGCACAGCCCGACCCACGGGCCUUCUUGGGACAAGCAGUCCUAGAGGGAUGGACUUCACUGGGCACUGCUGCCACCACAGACUGUAAGGAAGCAGA